GUGUAGCCUUAUUACAGCAGGCACAGUGAAUGAACGGAAGAUUGUGAGAGUAACUGAGUUCGUUUGUUCAUCGGCAAAUUUAUCUGGAUUCUGUUUCGUUGAUAAAAUAACUUUUCAAAUCCACGCUUUGAUCUUGAAUCGACUAACCCGAACUCGUCGGACAUCACCAGAAACUAGUUGGGGCAUCCAGCUGACAUCCAUCGAGCAGACUUGUGUUUUCCUCGGACUGAUUUCGCCAUGUCCUCCGCGGAUGUGUCGGAGCACAGCCGGCGCUGUUGUGUUUUGUCGUGGGAGCAGGUGCAGCGUCUGGACUCCAUCCUGGGAGAGUGUGUCCCGAUCCACGGACGAGGAAACUUCCCGACACUCUCCAUUCAGCCUCGACAUAUCGUUCAGGUGGUGCGGGCGCGUCUAGAAGAGCGAGGCGUAGCGGUGCGUGAUGUGAAGCUGAACGGCUCUGCCGCCAGUUAUGUGCUCCAUCAGGACACUGGCCUGGGCUACAAAGACCUGGACCUGAUCUUUGGGCUGAGUCUGACUGACGACAAGACCUUUCGUCUGGUGAAGGAUGUGGUGCUGGACAGCCUCCUGGAGUUCCUGCCCGCCGGCGUGAGCCGAGACCGCAUCACGGCGCUGACCUUAAAGGAAGUGUAUGUGCAGAAGCUGGUGAAGGUGUGCAACGACACAGACCGCUGGAGCCUAAUAUCGCUUUCCAACAACACUGGUAAAAACGUGGAGCUGAAGUUCGUGGACUCCCUGCGACGGCAGUUCGAGUUCAGCGUGGAUUCGUUUCAGAUCGGCUUGGACUCGCUGCUGCUGUUUGACCGCUGCUCUGAGACGCCCAUGUCCGAGAGUUUCCACCCCACCGUGCUCGGAGAGAGCAUGUACGGGAACUUUGAAGAAGCGCUUGGACACCUACACGCCAAAAUCAUCGCCACGCACAGCCCGGAAGAGAUCCGCGGAGGCGGGCUCUUGAAAUACUGCCACCUGCUGGUGAGAGGCUUCCGGCCAGCCUCCGAGGCGCAGAUGAAGACGCUCCAGCGCUACAUGUGCUCGCGCUUUUUCAUCGACUUCUCUGACAUCAAUGAGCAGCAGAGGAAGCUGGAGGCGUACCUGCAGAACCACUUUAAGGGCAUGGAGCACAAGCGUUACGAUUGCCUCGUGACUCUCCAUCAUGUGGUUGAUGAGAGCACCGUCUGUCUCAUGGGCCACGAGCGGAGACAGACGCUCGCGCUCAUCUCCUCUUUGGCACUACGCGUGCUGGCUGAACAGAACGCCAUCCCUGCACUGUCUAAUGUAACAUGUUACUACCAACCGGCUCCCUACGUCAGAGACGUCAACUUCAGCAACUACUAUAUAGCACACGUGCAUUCGCCCAUUUCCGUCUGUAACAGCUCCUAUCAAACAUGGCUGCCGUGUAGCUGAGCCUGGGCAUACUGUAUUUGCAGUCUUCAAGAUGUUGUUAGAUUUCACUUCAAUAUCAAGAGAAGAAAAGUAUAUUUUGCAUAAAGAAAUUCUCACAUUCUCAUAAGAGUAAUACUAGUACUACUAAUAAUAAUUUAGUACAGUCAUUUUAUUGUAUUACUGUGAAAAUUAAGUUAUUUGUUUGUUUAAAUCAACAAAAUAAUAAGGUAUUUGUCUAUUUAAACCAACAAACAGUUAAGUACAAUUAAUCAGUUCCACUGUUGUUGUUUUUUUUUUUUUGCUAUCAGAAUGGCAUUUUCCAAAAAUGUUUUAUUUAUAAUUAGGACACCACAUUUACCAAAUUAUUUAUUGUGUUAGAUGCACGAUAGUCAGCAUGGCUCAAAGAACAGACUAAAUUCAUAAAUCUUGAUUAUUUUUUAACUUUUAAAAUAAGCUAUAUGGAUUUUUUUACAUUGCGUGUGGUGCACAACUUUGUAACAGUCUUCACAAUACUGAAAUAAUGAUUUUAUAU